ACACACAUUUGUUCUCUUUUUCAUAAUUACAAUGUCAGACUGUAGCCGCUAGGUGGGUGUUACUCAUUCUCGUGCAGUUCACUUGCACAGCAACACCAUGUCUGAACCAGCGAAGACCAGCCAAGAUAACAGCAUGUAAAGGCCUGAAGCAGGUGCAUUCUGGUCCCGGUAUCUCCUCUAAGGCCAUGGGCAUCACGGACUCGUUCGUCGACGACAUUGUUGAGCGCAUCGCCCUUGAGUCUUCUUGUCCGCCUCGCCACAACAACCCCGCCACCUAUAAGGACAUCCAGACUGCCGUGCGUCUGUUGCUUCUCGGAGAGUUGAGGGUCGCCCUGGCAGCUCAGCAGCAGGAGCCGCUGCCACAGAAUUUCACUUCCUCUGCUCCACUUGCCGCUGAUUGCUCCAGGACUCAACCUCUCAUCAUGAAUAGGUAUGCCACCAAAAACACGGUUGCUGAAUAGAAGUGGUGAAGCAAGGGUCUCAUUCUACCUAAACAAACUACAUUCUCAUUUUGCUGACCUCAUUGUGCAUCUUCUUGCAACUGCUCACGUUCGGUUUUUCUUUAUUUCAUGGGUGAGCAUUGCAGCAUUAUUGCUUUUUCAGUCAUAAAGCACUUAAAGAUCUCAACAAUGUUGCAAAUCACAGGACGCUGGACAAAUUGAACAACAUAACGACGGUCCUUGUAAUCCUUGUCACCGUAAUAAACCUGACAAUCAAACCUGACAAACCUAGUCACUU